CAGGAGCCAGGAGCCAAAAAUUGUUGUUAAGGGGGAGGGUAGCGAGACCAAAUCGCCCAAUAACGUCACCUGCCAUCUGUGGCACAACCCGGAAACAUCCUCGCGCAACCAGCAACAUCUCCUGCUGCAUCACAACCUCCCGACUGACGACCUUGACGACAAGCACGACAAGCACGACAAGCGACAACGGUAACGCCCGCUGCGGCUUCGGACGCGCCCCGGUUUUCCGCUUGGAGAGCAACUGCAAGCGAUUCCGUGGCUGGAGCCAUCAUCAUGGCCGACUAUCAGCGCGACCGGAUGCCGCCGGCAAGGCAGCCGCCACAUCAGCAGUACGGACCGCCCGGCAACAACUACCAGCGAGAUGCAGCUUUUUCGAGCAUCUUCGGCGCGGCGCCCCCUCCGGGCCGCUCGCAGACGAUGACCUCGUCCGUUCCACCGCCCGAGUUCUUGCAGGAUGGACGCACACAUACCAUGUCGUCGACCACGUCGGGCAUGCAGAGAUCGCCACCCCAGCGACCGCCGCCAGGAGCCGAUUACCGAAACCAAUUCCCGCCUCCUCGGCCACGGCCCAGCGACGGCGGCCAGGGAUAUGCAUACCACCAGGGCCAGCAGCGCUCGGUAUCGAGUGGGCAGCAGGUCCCCUCUCCCCAGUACUUGCAGCAGCAGCAGCAGGCACGGCGGCCAUAUCCCGUCAGUCCACCAUCCCAACAGCCGGGACCGCCGCGUUUCGACCCUCAGCGAGGACACCCGCCACCCCAGGGCUACUACAACAACGCGCAGCGAACACCUGCACAGCGGUUUCACCAGGACGCGGGGCCUGCCCCUGCCGUGAACAUGGACCCAUACCGAUCGCAGUCUUUGGCUAGCUAUCCGAGACCCCAGAUGUACCAGCCUUCGCCACAGCCGUACCAGCAGCAGCAGGCCCCGGCCAACGCCUUCCGACAUGCUCAGUACAACCAACAGUCGGCCCGCACCACUGCCCAAGGGCGGGUUGUUCCGGAGAGGCACAUGGAGGACAGGACAAUGACCCUGACCGGCUAUCCCUCCCACGAACGAUUCGACCGGAAUACGCACCAGACGAUGAGCGGCCGGGUGAUUCCCAACAGAGGACCAGUGGGUGCCGGCGCUCCGGCGCCGGACUACAUGGGCAGCCAUGUUUCGCCCAACCCGGGUUACCCGACUGGAUAUGGGCCGCCUGGCUCGCAGACACGAACCACGAGCAUGGCCUCGUCCAUCGGCCCCGAUAGCACCAGGACCAUGUCGAUGGCCUCUACGAUAGCACCGUCCGUGAUUGCGCCGAGCGAGAAGACAGACUCCCAGACGCUUGUGCAGCGUUCGUCCAUGAGCAACUCGGUCAACAGCGAACGCCCGCCCACCGCCAAGAUCCGGCCACCCAUUGUUUACCCAGCGCUUCUCUCCCGCGUCGCCGAGUGCUUCCGCCAGAAGAUCGUUACCGGUGACCGGACGAAGAACGAGCUGACAUAUAAGAACGCAUUCAGCGGUGCCGAGGCUGUCGACGUUCUCUCGUACAUCAUCAGGACUACGGACAGAAACCUGGCACUGCUUCUGGGGCGGGCGCUCGAUGCGCAAAAGUUCUUCCACGACGUCACCUAUGAGCACCGGUUGCGGGACUCGACGUAUGAAAUGUACCAGUUCCGGGAGAACCUGACGGACGAUGUGGAGGAGAACCCGACGGUGAACGGCGUCUUCGUCUUGCUGUCGGAGUGCUACUCUCCGACCUGCACGAGGGAUCAAUUGUGCUACUCGAUCGCUUGCCCAAGACGGCUGGAGCAAGUAUCCAGGUUGAACCUCAAAAUGGGACCGGGCCUCAAGAGAGAAGGAGAGGCGACUGUCAACGACGAUGACAUGGACCAAUUUGACGAGCAGAAACUCUGGAUCAACAGCGUGCCCAAGGAGGUGGCGGACAGCAUAAGCGACAGGGAGAAGAAGAGACAAGAAAUCAUUUCGGAGAUUUGCUACACGGAACGAGACUUCGUCAAGGACCUGGAGUACCUCCGGGAUUUCUGGAUCUACCCACUUAGGGGCAAGAUCAACGGCAUGUCGCCCAUUCCAGCGCAUAAAAGGGAAAAGGUCGUCCGCACCAUUUUCACCAACAUCAUCGACCCUCCCAGUAUCCAUGGCGUGAGCUCCAAGUUCGCCAGAGCCUUGACAGAGCGGCAGCAGAAGACUCCGGUGGUGAAGAACGUGGGCGACGUCUUUCUCGAGUUCGUGCCACAGUUCGAGCCGUUCAUUCUGUACGGGUCGAAGCAGCUCGAGGGCAAGUUUGAGUUUGAGAACGAGCGGUCCAUCAACAAGGACUUUGCGAGAUUUGUCGACGAAGUCGAGCGGCGGCGAGAGUCAAGGAAGCUGGAGUUGAACGGCUAUCUGACCAAACCGACGACGCGGUUGGCCAGGUACCCCUUGCUCCUCGAAAACGUGCUCAAAUACACAGAAGACGACAACCCGGACAAGCAAGACAUACCCAAGGUCUUGACCAUGAUCAGGGACCUCCUGAGCCGGGUCAACGAGGAGUCGGGCAAGGCGGAGAACCGGUUCAACCUGCGGCGUCUCCAUGAGCAGCUCAGAUUCCGGCCCAAUGAGAAGGUCGAUCUCAAGCUCACAGACGAGGGCCGCGAACUAGUCUUCAAGUGCCAGUUCAAGAAGACCCCAACGGAAAACCCGGAUAUCACUGCGUUCCUGUUUGACCACGCCGUGCUCCUGGUGCGCAUCAAGCAGGUGGGCAAGACAGAGGAGGUCAAGGCUUACCGGAGGCCUAUUCCGUUGGAACUGCUCUCCAUCAAGGAAAUGGAGGAAGUGAUUCCCCAGUCUGGUGCAGUGAAGCGCUCCUCGUCGAGCAUACUCCCCGCACUGCGCAACACCGGAAACGAAACGAAGAAGGGCGAGGGCUGGCCGAUCACAUUCCGGCAUCUCGGAAAGAACGGCUACGAGCUGACGCUGUACGCGUCGAACCAAUCGGGCCGUCAGAAGUGGCUCGAGUUGAUUGACUCGGCACAGCAGCGCCUCAGAGCCCGAGCUGACUUCCUGAACACGACCGUCAUCUCGUCGGGCUUCUUCACCGGCACGAACAAGGUCAAUUGCGUGGCGCCGUUUGACGGCGGCCGCAAGCUUAUCUACGGGACGGACAACGGCAUCUACAUGUCGGACCGCAGGUCCAAGGAUAACGCCACGCCCAAGCGGGUCAUUGACGUGCCGAGCGUGACACAGGUCGACGUCCUCGAAGAGUACCAGCUGCUUCUUGUGCUCUCCAACAGAUCGCUGCUGUCGUACCAGCUUGGUGCCCUGGAUCCCAACGAGCCCAUUUCGUCCAAGCGGGCCAAGAAGAUCCAAAGCCACUGCAACUUCUUCAAGACGGGCAUCUGCCUGGGCCGCCACCUGGUGUGCUGCGUCAAGAGCUCGGCCCUGUCGACAACCAUCAAGGUCUACGAGCCCAACGAUGCCAUGUCGCGCACCAAGAAGCAGAAGGGUCUCAGCAAGAUGUUCAACGCCGGUCAGGACGAGCUCAAGCCCUUCAAGGAGUUCUACAUCCCCACCGAGUCCACGUCGGUGCACUUUCUCAAGUCCAAGCUCUGCGUCGCCUGCGCCCGCGGCUUCGAGGUCGUCUCGCUCGAGACGCUCGAAACGCAGUCCCUUCUCGACCAGGCCGACACCUCGCUCGACUUUGUCGCCCGCAAGGAAGGCGUCAAGCCCAUCCACAUCGAGCGGCUCAAUGGCGAGUUCCUGCUCAACUACUCCGAGUUCUCCUUCUUCGUCAACCGCAACGGCUGGCGAGCGAGGCCAGAGUGGCGGCUCGACUGGGAGGGCACGCCGCAGGCAUUUGCACUCUCGUAUCCGUGGAUUCUGGCGUUUGAGCCCAACUUCAUCGAGCUCAGGCAUAUUGAGAACCUGGCUGUGCACAUCGUCCCGCAUCGGAACAUUCGCAUGUUGCAUAGUAGUACGCAUGAGAUCAUCUUUGCAUAUGAGGACGAGCGCGGCGAGGAUGUUGUUGAGGCGCUCGACUUCUGGAAGAGUCAGAGGAAAUCGGAGCUCUAUCCUACCGGUGCCACCCCGGGUUCGCCGAUGGGUAACUCCGGUGGGUCGUCGCGCCUCGGCGUGCAAUAAAAUUCUAGCGGGCAGCGCAGUUCUAGAUCUCCGUCCCAGGCUUGAGAAAGCCGGAGAGUCUUUACGUGGCGCACGCGGACGACGGCGUGGGUUAUCGGUCUUGGUG